UGCAGUUUCAAUAAUAAAGUUUUAUCUGCGUGUUAAAUAUUAGCUUGUUACGAUUUAUUUUAGUUUCCCGUCCGGAUACCUCUCGCCGAAUCCUGACCCAAAUCAAUUGGCACGCAUAAUUUCUCACACACUCAAAACCCUAAACCGCCGACUCCAUCCGUUCCCGUGACGCUAGUUGCCGAUUUGCAGAUUUAGGUUUACUGGGAUUUUCUAUACGUUUGUCAGUGAGAUAAGAAGAUGGCGUCAAAAUUUUGGAGUAAUCAGGCUGACAGCGAGACUGAGUCUGAAGUGAGUGAUUAUGAACAAGACGAUGUUAAUGAAGGACAGGAAGAUGCUACCAAUGCACCUGAUAGGAACAAAUACCUUGACACUGGGGACAGCGACAGUGAUGAUUCAGACAUGCACAAGCGUGUUAUCAAGUCUGCAAAAGACAAACGCUUUGAGGAGUUGUCUACCACCAUUGAUCAGAUGAAGAACGCAAUGAAGAUCAAUGAUUGGGUCAACUUGCAGGAGAAUUUUGACAAGAUUAACAGGCAGCUUGAGAAGGUCAUGAGGGUGACAGAAUCCGAUAGGGUCCCCAACAAUUAUGUCAAGGCGUUAGUGAUGCUUGAAGACUUCUUGAAUCAAGCCAUGGCAAAUAAGGAAGCAAAGAAGAAGAUGAGUAGCAGCAAUGCAAAGGCAUUGAAUGCAAUGAGACAGAAGUUGAAGAAGAACAAUAAGCAGUAUGAGGAUUUGAUCAAUAAAUGUAGAGAAAAUCCAGAAAGCUUUGAGGAUCAAGAGGAAGCUGAAGAGCCUUCAGAAGAUGAAGAUGAAGAUGAUACUGGUUCAGAGAUUGAUGACCCAACAAAGUCAGGGACAGAGUCAGAAGGCGAGUCAGAUGACAAUGAACAUGAUGAAGACAUGGAUGAAAACCAACCUGGUUGGGAGAGAAUGAUGAACAAGAAAGAUAAGCUAAUGGAGAAACAGUUUAAAGAUCCAAGCCAAGUGACAUGGGAUAUAGUCAACAAGAAGUUCAAAGAAGUUGUUGCAGCUCGUGGUAGAAAGGGGACAGGAAGGCUUGAGCUUGUUGAACAGUUGACUUUCUUGACCAAAGUGGCUAAAACUCCUGCUCAAAAGCUAGAGAUCCUGUUCAGUGUUGUGUCUGCACAGUUUGAUGUCAACCCAGGUCUCAGUGGACACAUGCCUAUAAAUGUCUGGAAGAAAUGUGUUCAAAACAUGCUUGUGAUACUCGAUAUCCUCGAGCAAUAUCCAAACAUUCUUGUUGAUGAUUCUGUGGAGCCUGAUGAGAAUGAAACCCAAAAAGGAGCAGACUUUAAGGAUACUAUCCGCAUAUGGGGAAACCUAGCAGCUUUUCUUGAAAAAGUCGAUGUUGAAUUCUUCAAAAGUCUACAAUGCAUUGAUCCUCACACACGUGAGUAUGUAGAAAGGCUUCAAGAUGAACCCUUGUUUUUUGUCCUUGCCCAAAAUGUUCAGGCGUAUCUUGAACGUGUUGGGGAUUACAAAGCUGCAGCUAAAGUAGCUCUAAAGCUUGUUGAGCUUGUGUAUUACAAACCCCAAGAAGUAUAUGGUGCAAUGAGGAAUUUGGCUGAGCAGUCAGAGGAUAAAGGAGAAGAAUCAGGGGCUGAAACAAAGGAGGAAAGCCGGGGCCCACCUGCUUUUGUGAACACUCCCGAGAUUGUCCCUAGAAAACCUAGUUUUCCGGAUAGUAGCAGAGCGUUGAUGGAUAUUUUGGUGUCUCUUAUAUACAAACAUGGUGAUGAAAGAACCAAGGCUCGUGCAAUGCUUUGUGAUAUUUAUCACCAUGCAAUUCUGGAUGAGUUUUCUACAUCGCGUGACUUGUUGCUAAUGAGUCAUUUACAGGAUAAUGUUCAGCAUAUGGAUAUUUCAACUCAGAUACUUUUCAACAGGUCUAUGGCUCAGCUUGGUUUGUGUGCUUUUAGGGCUGGACUUAUUGCUGAAGGACAUGGAUGUCUUUCUGAAUUGUAUUCUGGUGGUAGGGUUAAGGAGCUUCUUGCACAAGGUGUCUCUCAAAGUCGCUAUCAUGAGAAGACUCCUGAACAGGAACGGUUGGAAAGAAGAAGGCAGAUGCCAUACCACAUGCACAUCAACCUGGAACUCCUGGAAGCGGUCCAUUUAAUCUGUGCCAUGCUCUUGGAGGUCCCGAACAUGGCGGCAAACAGCCACGACGCAAGGCGGAAAGUCAUCAGCAAGACUCUCCGGCGGUUGCUGGAGGUGUCUGACCGCCAGACUUUCACCGGACCGCCGGAGAACGUGCGGGACCACGUCAUGGCCGCCACAAGAGCCCUCAGCAAGGGUGAUUUCCAGAAAUCUUUCGAAGUCAUCAACUCCCUUGAUGUCUGGAAGCUUCUUAGAAACCGCGAAAGCGUCCUUGAAAUGCUAAAAAACAAAAUCAAAGAAGAAGCUCUCAGGACUUACCUUUUCACCUACUCGGCAUCCUACGAGACAAUAAAGUUAGAACAGCUGGCAAAGAUGUUUGACCUUUCAGAAAGUCAAACUCAUUGUAUUGUUAGUAAAAUGAUGAUUGGGGAGGAGCUUCAUGCCAGCUGGGAUCAGCCGACACGGUGCAUUGUGUUCCAUGAGGUUGAGCACAGUCGAUUACAAGGUCUUGCUUUCCAGUUGACUGAGAAGCUAUCGGUUCUUGCUGAGAGCAAUGAGCGGGCAGUGGAGGCCAGGCUUGGUGGUGGUGGGUUAGACGGUCUGCCGUCCAGGCGGCGGGAAGGUGGUCAGGACUAUGCGGCGGCUGCUGGUGGUGCAAAGUGGCAGGAUAAUAACAUGGGUUACUCGCAAGGGCGGCGGUAUGGUCAGGGUCAGGGUCAAGGUCAAGGUCAGUAUCAGAGGGAUCGGGCGGGUCAGUCGAGAGGCGGAUAUCAGAGCAUGAGGUAUCAGGAUACGGCGUAUGGCGGUGCUGGGCGGGGCUAUGGUGGUUCUUCCGCUAGGGGAGGUCAGAUGGACGGGUCUAACCGAAUGGUGAGUCUAAACAGGGGGGCUCGGGCUUAG